CGACUCGGGAUUUGGUGAUUGCUUUACUGAUGAGAGAAGCGCACUAAGCUGAUAGAUCCGAUCAUUGCUAUAAGCCUAUAAUUUGGUGAGCUUCACUUUCUUGCCGGCGGCGUUCAGGUUCCGAAGUAAGAAACCCUAUUUUUGUAUUCUGAUCGCCUGUGAUUCAUGGAUGGGUUGCCAUGGUGGAGGAUGAGAUUCUCAUAUCGGAACGCAACUAUUGUCGUCUGCUUCCUUAAUGUCGUUGCGGCUACCUUCCUACUCCGGGGAUUCUUUAGCUUCGCCGACAAGAGAAUAGCCCGAGCUAACCAACCUAAUCUUGCACAAAUGAGAUACAUAAUGGAGUCUGAACAGAUACGCCGUUCUAUGGAGCCCUUGGAUUUGAUCAAAAGAAUCAAAGAAAUUGAAGAAGAAGCAUUCACUGAGCCCGGCAUGGAGACAAAACAAGUGCCUAAGCAGACUGCUGCGGUUGAUGUAUCAAAAAGGUUGAAUGAUUUAAGGGCAACGAAUGAUGCCAACAGCCUCAAAGCUCUCGAGGAAUGGAGGAAAAGGAAGAUGGAGCGAGCAAGGCAACGCCAAAUUGAGAGAAACACAACCAUCACAUCUCAAACCUGAAUAACAUCAUCAUAUGUAAUCAUGCAAUUUCUUUUACACAUUUGCAAGCUGUGUGGUCAGAAGUUGAAUGGUCAUACUGUCCACGGUUCCUGUAUAAUUGAACUCGUAAUUACUUCUUGGUGUAGAAAUUGUUAUUCUGAUAUGAUAUGAAAUGAAAUAAUCCAUUUUAAUAUCCA